AUGCGUGAAUUGGAUGAUCGCUUAGAGGUCCUCCAGUAUCUUUUAGACAAUCACCAUCCGCUGAAUGACAGCAUGUAUCAGAAAUGUGGUGAUGAAUAUUACUUUCAUAUGUAUAGUGGCAUAGGGACCCCGCUUCAUUAUGCCGCUGCCAAAGGGCUAUUGGAUACUGUGGAAUUCUUGGUCCAGCGCGGUGCAUCAAUCGAAACGAAAGAUCCUUCGGGCCAAACUGCUGCUGACUGGGCCCGAAGAUACGGCCACUCAGCCGUGUGCAAUUUCCUCCGGCAAUUUUCCACGGGGAACAACACACAGGAUACCUUGCAGUUCACAGAUGCUCCUGGGCGCCAUUUCAAAACUGCGUCCCUGCAGGAGGUUGUUGCGGAAAACGGAUUCCGACUGGUUUAG